AUGGCUGCCUCUACUUCCGUCCCUACCAAGGACCAGGUCCUCGUCCCUGAGACCCUCCUCAAGAAGCGCAAGAGCCAGGAGAAGGCCCGCGCUGAGCGCACCGCUGAGAUCGAGAAGCGCAAGAAGAUCAACAAGGAGAAGCGCACUGUUAUCUUCAAGCGUGCUGAGAAGUACGUCAAGGAGUACCGCGAUGCCGAGCGUGAGAAGGUCCGCCUCAACCGCCUUGCCAAGCAGGAGGGCAGCUUCCACGUUCCUGCCGAGGAGAAGUUGAUCUUCGUUAUCCGAAUCAAGGGUAUCAACAAGAUUGCCCCCAAGCCUCGCAAGAUCCUCCAACUCCUCCGUCUUCUCCAGAUCAACAACGGUAUCUUCGUCCGUGUCACCAAGGCCACCGCUGAGAUGAUCAAGAUCGUCGAGCCGUGGGUCGCUUACGGUUACCCCAACCUAAAGAGCGUCAAGGAGCUCAUCUACAAGCGUGGAUACGGAAAGGUCGACAAGCAGCGCAUCCCUUUGACUGACAACGCUAUCAUUGAGGAGAGCCUCGGCAAGUACGGCAUUGUCUGUAUCGAGGAUCUGGUCCAUGAGAUCUUCACCGUUGGCCCCAACUUCAAGCAGGCCUCCAACUUCCUGUGGCCCUUCAAGCUCAGCAACCCCAACGGCGGUUUCCGACCCCGCAAGUUCAAGCACUUCAUCGAGGGUGGUGACCUUGGUAACCGGGAGGACAAGAUCAACGCCCUGAUCCGACAAAUGAACUAA